AUGGCCGAGAGCUCCCCACUGCCCUCCUCCCCUGCCGCAGCCCCGGCGGCUGAGCCAGGAGUCACGGAGCAGCCCGGGCCCCAGAGCCCCCCUCCCUCCCCUCCAGGCCCGGAGGAGCCCCUGGACGGAGUCGAUGCAGACGUCCCUCGCCCAGAUCUGGCGCCCGUUGCCUUCUUCUGCCUGCGACAGACCACCAGCCCCCGGAACUGGUGCAUCAAGCUGGUGUGCAACCCGUGGUUUGAAUGUAUCAGCAUGCUGGUGAUCCUGCUGAACUGCGUGACACUUGGCAUGUACCAGCCGUGCGACGACAUGGACUGCCUGUCAGAACGCUGCAAGAUCCUACAGGUCUUUGAUGACUUCAUCUUUGUCUUCUUUGCCAUGGAAAUGGUGCUCAAGAUGGUGGCCCUGGGCAUUUUUGGCAAGAAGUGCUACCUUGGGGACACAUGGAACCGACUGGAUUUCUUCAUUGUCAUGGCAGGGAUGGUCGAGUACUCCCUGGACCUCCAGAACAUCAACCUGUCGGCCAUCCGCACCGUGCGUGUCCUGAGGCCCCUCAAAGCCAUCAACCGUGUGCCCAGUAUGCGGAUCCUGGUGAACCUGCUCCUGGACACGCUGCCCAUGCUGGGGAAUGUCCUCCUGCUCUGCUUCUUUGUCUUCUUCAUCUUUGGCAUCAUCGGCGUGCAGCUCUGGGCGGGCCUGCUGCGCAACCGCUGCUUCCUGGAGGACAACUUCACAAUACAAGGGGAUGUGGCCCUGCCCCCCUACUACCAGCCGGAGGAGGACGACGAGAUGCCCUUCAUCUGCUCCCUGUCGGGGGACAACGGCAUCAUGGGCUGCCACGAGAUUCCCCCGCUCAAGGAGCAGGGCCGCGAGUGCUGCCUGUCCAAGGAUGACGUCUAUGACUUUGGGGCGGGGCGCCAGGACCUCAACGCCAGUGGGCUCUGUGUCAACUGGAACCGCUACUACAAUGUGUGCCGCACAGGCAGCGCCAACCCCCACAAGGGCGCCAUCAACUUUGACAACAUCGGCUACGCCUGGAUCGUCAUCUUCCAGGUGAUUACCCUGGAGGGCUGGGUGGAGAUCAUGUACUACGUGAUGGACGCGCACUCCUUCUACAACUUCAUCUAUUUCAUCCUGCUGAUCAUAGUGGGCUCCUUCUUCAUGAUCAACCUGUGCCUCGUUGUCAUAGCGACCCAGUUCUCGGAGACCAAGCAGCGGGAACACCGGCUGAUGUUGGAGCAGCGGCAGCGUGACCUGUCCUCCAGCACGGUGGCCAGCUAUGCCGAACCCGGCGACUGCUACGAGGAGAUCUUCCAGUACGUCUGCCACAUCCUGCGCAAGGCCAAGCGCCGGGCCCUGGGCCUCUACCAGGCCCUGCAGAGGCGGCGCCAGGCCCCGGGGGCACCCAGCUCCACCAAGCCCAAGCCCCACGUCAAGGAGCCCAGGCACUACAAGCUGUGCCCGCGACACAGCCCCCCGGACUCGACGCUCCACACGCCGGUGCAGCCCGUCUCUGCCAUUCUGGCCUCCGACCCCGCCAGCUGCCCCCGCUGCCAGCACGAGGCGGGCCGGCCGCCCUCAGGCCUGGGCAGCAGCAACUCGGGCCAGGAGGGCUCGGGCUCCGGGGGCUCGGGCUCCGGGGGCUCGGGCGGCGGCGAGGACGAGGCCGGCGGGCCCGGGGCCCAGAACGGUGAGGACGGGGCCUCCUUGGAGCUGGAGAAGGAGGACGAGGAGGGGCAGGCGGACGGGGCUGCCUGGCUGUGCGGAGACGUGUGGCGGGAGACGCGAGCCAAGCUGCGGGGCAUCGUGGAGAGCAAGUACUUCAACCGGGGCAUCAUGAUGGCCAUCCUGGUCAACACCGUCAGCAUGGGCAUUGAGCACCACCAGCAGCCCGAGGAGCUGACCAACAUCCUGGAGAUCUGCAACGUGGUCUUCACCAGCAUGUUUGCCCUGGAGAUGCUGCUGAAGCUGGCCGCCUUCGGGCUCUUUGACUACCUGCGGAACCCCUACAACAUCUUCGACAGCAUCAUUGUCAUCAUCAGCAUCUGGGAGAUUGUGGGGCAGGCGGACGGCGGGCUGUCGGUGCUGCGGACCUUCCGGCUGCUGCGGGUGCUGAAGCUGGUGCGCUUCAUGCCCGCGCUGCGGCGGCAGCUCGUGGUGCUCAUGAAGACCAUGGACAACGUGGCCACCUUCUGCAUGCUGCUCAUGCUUUUCAUCUUCAUCUUCAGCAUCCUUGGCAUGCACAUCUUUGGCUGCAAGUUCAGCCUCCGCACGGACACGGGAGACACCGUCCCUGACCGGAAGAACUUCGACUCCCUGCUGUGGGCCAUUGUCACGGUGUUCCAGAUCCUUACGCAGGAGGACUGGAACGUCGUCCUCUACAAUGGCAUGGCCUCCACCUCCCCCUGGGCCUCCCUCUACUUCGUUGCCCUCAUGACCUUCGGCAACUAUGUGCUCUUCAACCUGCUGGUGGCCAUCCUGGUGGAGGGCUUCCAGGCGGAGGGCGACGCCAAUCGCUCCUACUCGGACGAGGACCAGAGCUCAUCCAACAUGGAGGAGUUUGACAAGCUCCAGGAGGGCCUGGACAGUGGCGGAGAUCCCAAGCUCUGCCCAAUCCCCAUGACCCCCAAUGGGCACCUGGACCCCAAUCUCCCACUGGGUGGACAUCUGGGCCCCACUGGGGCUGCAGCAUCCGCCCCCCGCCUCUCGCUGCAGCCAGACCCCGUGCUAAUGGCCUUGGGCUCCCGCAAGAGCAGUGUCAUGUCACUGGGGAGGGUGAGCUACGACCAGCGCUCCCUGUCCAGCUCUCGGAGCUCCUAUCACGGGCCGUGGGGCCGCAGUGGGGCCUGGGCCAGCCGUCGCUCCAGCUGGAACAGCCUCAAGCACAAGCCCCCAUCGGCGGAGCACGAGUCCCUGCUCUCGGCGGCAGAGCGCAGCAGCGGCGCCCGGGCCUGCGAAGGUGCCCGGGAGGAGGGGCCGCUGCGGGCUGCGCCCCCGCACGCCCUGCACGCCCCGCACACCCCGCACGCCCACCAAGCGCAGCAUGGUCCCCACCUGGCGCACCGUCACUGCCACCACCGCCGGACGCUGUCCCUCGACACCAGAGAUUCGGUGGACCUGGCCGAGCUGGUGCCCGCCGUGGGCACCCACCCACGGACUGCCUGGAGGGCGGCAGGCCCGGUCCCCGGGCACGAGGACUGCAAUGGCAGGAUGCCCAGCAUCGCCAAGGAUGUCUUCACCAAGAUGGACGACCGCCGGGAUCCCGGGGAGGACGAAGAGGAGAUGGACUACACUCUGUGCUUCCGCGUCCGCAAGAUGAUUGACGUCUACAAGCCUGACUGGUGCGAAGUCCGCGAGGACUGGUCUGUCUACCUCUUCUCCCCCGAGAACAGGUUCCGCGUCCUGUGUCAGACCAUCAUCGCCCACAAGCUCUUCGACUAUGUCGUCCUGGCCUUCAUCUUCCUCAACUGCAUCACCAUCGCCCUGGAGCGGCCCCAGAUUGAGGCCGGCAGCACCGAACGCAUCUUCCUCACUGUGUCCAACUACAUCUUCACAGCCAUCUUUGUGGGCGAGAUGACACUGAAGGUGGUCUCUCUGGGCCUGUACUUCGGUGAGCAGGCGUACCUGCGCAGCAGCUGGAAUGUGCUGGAUGGCUUCCUUGUCUUUGUGUCAAUCAUCGACAUUGUGGUGUCCCUGGCCUCGGCCGGGGGAGCCAAGAUCCUGGGGGUCCUCCGGGUCCUGAGGUUGCUGCGCACCCUACGACCCCUGCGUGUCAUCAGCCGGGCGCCUGGCCUGAAGCUGGUGGUGGAGACGCUCAUCUCUUCCCUCAAGCCCAUCGGCAACAUCGUCCUCAUCUGCUGUGCCUUCUUCAUCAUCUUCGGCAUCCUGGGGGUGCAGCUCUUCAAGGGCAAGUUCUACCACUGUCUGGGCAUAGACACCCGCAACAUCACCAACCGCUCCGACUGCGUGGCCGCCAACUACCGCUGGGUCCACCACAAGUACAACUUCGACAAUCUGGGCCAGGCCCUGAUGUCCCUCUUUGUGCUGGCCUCCAAGGACGGCUGGGUGAACAUCAUGUACAAUGGACUGGACGCUGUUGCUGUGGACCAGCAGCCGGUGCCCAACCACAACCCCUGGAUGCUGCUCUACUUCAUCUCCUUCCUGCUCAUCGUCAGCUUCUUCGUGCUCAACAUGUUCGUGGGCGUCGUGGUGGAGAACUUCCACAAGUGCCGGCAGCACCAGGAGGCCGAGGAGGCGCGGCGGCGCGAGGAGAAGCGGCUGCGGCGCCUGGAGAAGAAACGCCGGAAGGCCCAGCGGCUGCCCUACUAUGCCACCUACUGUCCCACACGGCUGCUCAUCCACUCCAUGUGCACCAGCCACUACCUGGACAUCUUCAUCACCUGCAUCAUCUGCCUCAACGUGGUCACCAUGUCCCUGGAGCACUACAACCAGCCCACGUCUCUGGAGACAGCCCUCAAGUACUGCAACUACAUGUUCACCACUGUCUUUGUGCUGGAGGCUGUGCUGAAGCUGGUGGCAUUUGGUCUGAGGCGCUUCUUCAAGGACCGGUGGAACCAGCUGGACCUGGCCAUCGUGCUGCUGUCGGUGAUGGGCAUCACGCUGGAGGAGAUCGAGAUCAACGCGGCGCUGCCCAUCAACCCCACCAUCAUCCGCAUCAUGAGGGUCCUGCGCAUUGCCCGGGUGCUGAAGCUGCUGAAGAUGGCCACGGGGAUGCGGGCCCUGCUGGACACCGUGGUGCAAGCUCUGCCCCAGGUGGGCAACCUGGGCCUCCUCUUCAUGCUGCUCUUCUUCAUCUACGCUGCCCUGGGAGUGGAGCUCUUCGGGAAGCUGGUCUGCAAUGACGAGAACCCGUGUGAGGGCAUGAGCCGGCACGCCACCUUCGAGAACUUCGGCAUGGCCUUCCUCACGCUCUUCCAGGUCUCCACUGGUGACAACUGGAACGGGAUCAUGAAGGACACCCUGCGGGACUGCACCCAUGACGAGCGCAGCUGCCUGAGCAGCCUGCAGUUCGUGUCGCCGCUGUACUUCGUCAGCUUCGUGCUCACGGCCCAGUUCGUGCUCAUCAACGUGGUGGUGGCCGUGCUCAUGAAGCACCUGGACGACAGCAACAAGGAGGCCCAGGAGGACGCUGAGAUGGACGCUGAGCUGGAGCUGGAGAUUGCCCACGGCCUGGGCCCCAGCCCGCGGCCACCUGCCGGCUCCCCGGGGGCACACGUGCCUGGCCGCGGGCCAGGAGGGGCGGGUAGCGCGGGCGACGCCGAGGGCCACCUGAUCCGAAACUGCUAUUCGCCAGCCCAGGAGAACCUGUGGCUGGACAGCGUCUCUUUAAUCAUCAAGGACUCCUUGGAGGGGGAGCUGACCAUCAUCGACAACCUGUCCGGCUCCAUCUUCCACCACUACUCCUCCCCGGCCAGCUGCGAGAAGUGUCACCAUGACAAGCAGGAGGUGCAGCUGGCCGAGACAGAGGCCUUCUCCCUGAACUCAGACAGGUCCUCGUCCAUCCUGCUUGGCGAUGACCUGAGUCUGGAGGACCCCGCAGCCUGCCCACCUGGCCCCAGAGACAGCAAGGGUGAGCCGGACCCGCCUGAGCCGAUGCGGGUAGGGGACCUGGGUGAAUGCUUCUUCCCCUUAUCCAACACGGCUGUCUCGUCGGAUCCGGAGAACUUCCUGUGUGAGAUGGAGUCGAUCCCAUUCAACCCCGUCCGGUCCUGGCUGAAACACGAGAGCAACCAAGCGCCCCCGAGCCCCUUCUCCCCGGAUGCCUCCAACCCACUCCUGCCCAUGCCGGCUGAGUUCUUCCACCCUGCUGUGGCCGCCAGCCAGAAAGGACAGGAGAAGGCCGCUGGUGCCGGGACCCUCCCCAAGAUUGCCCUGCAGGGCUCCUGGGCGUCCCUGCGGUUGCCAAGCGUCAACUGCACCCUCCGCCAGCAGGCCACGGGGAGCAACACGUCGCUGGAGGGCAGCCGCAGCAGCUCGGCGGGCAGCCUGCAGACCACGCUGGAGGACAGCCUGACCCUGAGCGACAGCCCGCGACGCGCCCUGGGGCCGCCCGCGCCCGCCCCGGGGCUCCGCGCCGGCCCGUCGCCCGCCGCCCGCCGUCGCCCGAGCCUGCGGGGCCGGGGCCAGUUCAGCCUGAGCGGGCUGCGGGCGCAUCAGCGCAGCCACAGCAGCGGGGGCUCCACCAGCCCGGGCUGCACCCAGCACGACUCCAUGGACCCGUCGGACGAGGAGGGCGCGGGCGGCCGGGCCGGCGGGGGCGCGGGCAGCGAGCACUCGGAGACGCUCAGCAGCCUUUCGCUCACCUCCCUCUUCGGGCCGCCGCCCCCGCCGCCCGGCCUCCCGCCCGCGCGCAGGUUCAGCAGUACCAGCAGCCUGGCCGCCGGCCCCGGCCAUCCCCGCGCCGCCGCCCGGCCCCAAGGCCUGGCCCGCAGCCCCUCCUGGGCCGCCGAUCGCCGCAAGGACCCGCCGUGCCAGGCCGAUCCGGCCGCCGCCCGGGGCCCCUGGGCGCCCGAGCCGCAGCCGCCGCCGGGGGAGCCACAGCCCGGGGACGCCGCGAGCCAGGGGAGGAGAUGA